AAACUACAAAUCCCACAGUUCCAUUGGAGCUACAGAUGGGUAACGCUUGAGCGGAUUUUCCUGUCUGCGGUUGCGGCGGUGAAGAGACGCGGAUCCCGGGGCUAAGAGAGUGCAGGCAGUCCCGGAUAUAAGACGGACGAUGGAACCAGAGGCGGUGUUGCAAGAGAAGGCUUUUAAAUUUAUGGUGAUUGGUAAUGCAAAUAAUCAGCUGAAGAUCAGAGUACCAAUGAGUUCUGCAUUCUGCAGCAAUGAGCACGCAAUUGGGAAGCAUAUUACUGUCAUCGUGGUGAUAUUCUGGUGCAAGCCCAAGGCAUGGUGCUUUAUAAAUCGGUACAGUGGCAUAAUGAUGCAUCCGGUCAGAACUCUCCGUGUACAGCCAGGUCAUACAGACUUUUUCAAGUCCUCAAAGUGGUUCCCCCAUCUAGUAGCGUGCUCUGUGCCCAGGUCUCUGUGGUUGAGUUGCUCUAGCCUGGCGGACAGCAUGCCUUCGCUGCGAUGCCUGCACACCCCAGGGACCGGCACACUGACCGCUUUCCAGAGUUCUGAUGAGAGAGAAGAUUGUCAUAAUGAGGAGCCCCCUAGGAAGAUUAUCUCAGAGAAGAAUGCGUACAGACAGACUAAACUUGCCAAUGGAACAAACAGCAUGUUCGUCCCCAAGCAGAGGAAGCUGUCUGCCAACUAUGAGAAGGAGAAGGAGCUCUGUGUGAAGUAUUUUGACCAGUGGUCGGAAAGUGACCAAGUGGAGUUCGUCGAGCAGCUCAUUUCCCGGAUGUGUCACUACCAGCACGGACACAUCAACUCUUACUUGAAGCCCAUGUUACAGAGGGACUUCAUCACUGCACUACCAGCUCGGGGUCUGGAUCACAUUGCAGAGAAUAUCUUGUCCUACCUGGAUGCCCAAUCUCUCUGUGCGGCCGAGUUGGUUUGUAAAGAGUGGUACAGAGUGACAUCAGAUGGCAUGCUGUGGAAGAAACUGAUUGAGAGGAUGGUCAGGACAGACUCUCUGUGGAGGGGAUUGGCAGAGAGAAGAGGAUGGGACCAGUAUCUGUUUAAAAACAAGCCCCUGGAUGGGAAGACCCCACCCAACUCAUUCUACAGAGCACUUUAUCCCAAAAUUAUACAAGACAUAGAGACAAUAGAGUCGAACUGGCGUUGUGGAAAGCACAGCUUACAACGAAUCCACUGCCGAAGUGAAACCAGCAAAGGGGUAUACUGCCUGCAGUAUGACGAUCAGAAGAUUGUGAGUGGUCUUCGAGACAACACUAUAAAGAUUUGGGAUAAGAACACGUUGGAAUGUAAACGAGUUCUUACAGGACACACAGGCUCGGUGUUGUGUCUGCAGUACGACGAGAGAGUCAUUGUCACUGGAUCUUCAGACUCCACUGUCAGAGUGUGGGAUGUGAACACAGGCGAGAUGUUAAAUACAUUAAUUCAUCACUGUGAGGCGGUGUUGCAUCUGCGCUUCAGCAAUGGCAUGAUGGUGACCUGUUCAAAAGACCGCUCAAUUGCAGUGUGGGACAUGGCUUCCCCCUCAGACAUUACUCUCCGGAGGGUGCUGGUGGGGCAUCGGGCAGCCGUCAAUGUUGUUGAUUUCGAUGAUAAAUAUAUAGUAUCUGCCUCGGGAGAUAGAACUAUCAAGGUGUGGAACAGCGGUACAUGUGAGUUUGUUCGGACUCUAAACGGACAUAAACGUGGUAUUGCCUGUUUACAGUACAGAGACAGACUUGUAGUCAGUGGAUCCUCUGAUAACACGAUCAGAUUGUGGGACAUUGAGUGUGGAGCUUGCUUACGAGUCCUCGAGGGUCAUGAAGAGCUGGUACGAUGUAUUCGCUUUGAUAACAAGAGGAUAGUCAGUGGGGCUUACGAUGGAAAAAUCAAAGUUUGGGAUCUGGUUGCUGCCUUGGACCCCCGAGCGCCUGCAGGCACACUGUGUCUGCGCACUCUUGUGGAGCAUUCGGGAAGGGUGUUCAGGCUGCAGUUUGACGAGUUCCAGAUAGUCAGCAGCUCUCAUGAUGACACAAUCCUAAUGUGGGAUUUCUUGAAUGACCCAGACACACAGGCAGAGUCCUCUCGCUCCCCCUCCCGGACAUACACCUACAUCUCAAGAUAAAUGAUCAACACUACUCCGUACCUCCUAAUUGCACAGGACUUCUUGUGCUAUGGUAUUUAGAUAUUAUUGAAAUGCCAGAAAAUGUCAACUCAACCUGGUCAAACCUGAGGAAGAGGUUUUCACCCCCGCAGGCAAAUCAGAUUGGGACUACGUGGACUGAAAGACUUCUAAAAGUGCUGCUAAUGAGAAAUAUCUGUAUUACAAAACAUGAGGAGAACUUUUGAAAAAGUGUAUGCCCCCCACGUCCCAGAGUGUCAUGUAUGAAUAAUAUUAUUUAUUGUGUAAACCGAAAAUCUGCUGCUUUUCCAUAACUGACCAGCAUGGACACUCAAAAUGUUUUAAAGGGUGAGGCUACAGAAGUAGUAUAGUCCCAUCUUUUUGUUCAAGUGAUGCACAUUAAGCAUGUUAUGUGUGCGUGUGUGUGUUACACACAUUUUACCAACCACCCAUGCACCAGCGAUAAUGUGUGGUAAAUUGUGUAAUUUUUGCUUGUGUAAUACACUACUAAAACCCACUGUUUUUAUAAUGCAUUAAAAGCUGUAAAUGGGAAUAAAAUGCCGAAAUUCCAUUGAAUAACUUUAAGGUACCUUAAAGGUAUAAAGCUAGCCUUAAAUAUAUAUAUAUAUAUAUAUAUAUAUAUAUAUAUAUAUAUAUAUAUAUAUAUAUAUAUAUAUAUAUAUAUAUAUAUAUAUAUAUAUAUAUAUAUAUAUAUAUAGUGGACAAAAAAAUGGAAACACCUGGGUAAAUGAGGGACAUCAAGUAUAUUGAAAGCAAGGGCUUCCACACAGGUGUGGCUCAUGCGUUAAUUAAGCAAAUAACAUCCCACCAUGCUUAGGGUAUAAAAAUGCCGGACAGACCUAGUUGCCUAUAAUUAUGGCUAGCAUGGCUGCAAGAGGAGACCUCAGUGACUUUGAAAGAGGGGUGAUUGUUGGGGCGCGUUUGGCAGGAGCUUCAGUGACCAAGACAGCUCAACUUGCUGAUGUUUCCCGAGCAACGGUGUCUAAGGUGAUGUCGGCAUGUAACUCCGAGGGAAAGACAUCAUCAACAAAGGGCAACAGUGGGCGGAAGCGCAUACUCCAGGAUCGUGAUAGCCGUGCAUUAAUUUGAACUGCAAGGCAAAACAGACGAGCAACUGCAGAUCAAUUGACUGCAAAUUUCAACCUGGGGCGCAAGCAGCCAGUUUCAUCAAAAACGGUCCGCUGAGAACUACACAGAGUGGCAUACCAGUGGCCCAACUCCGCAUUAAGUGACUUUACAUUGGUGUUUACAUUUUUUUUUAUCCACUACCUGAGUGUGGAUAUAUAUAUGUGUGUGUAUGUAUGUAUGUAUGUAUAUAUAUAUAUAUAUAUAUAUAUAUAUAUAUAUACACAUUUUGAUAGUUCUUUUUUUCCUCUACCCAUUCAACAAAGAACAUGAGUGAAAGGCACAUGCAGACUCAUUUACUGUAUUCUAGGAAGUUUACCUGUGUUAAAGCAGGAAAAAAUGGCUUCAUCUGAGUCAGUCAAUCUAAAGUCUGGAAAACAAAUUUCAACAGCAAACCAAUAAAGGGGGUUCCAAUUAUUUGCCAAUGUGAUGUAUGAAUAUAUUAUAGAAUAUACAGUAUGUGCAUUUGUUUUGUGCUUAGUCGUGGUUUAGUGAUGGCUUAUGAAACUUGAAAUUCCCCCGAUUUGAAACACACAACGCAUACACUCAAAGCCGUGCUUCACAUCCCUUACUACCUUACUCCUCUCCUUCACCCUGUCUGCCUAAUACACAAUAUAUAUUUAGAUAUGUAUAUUUAUUUAUAAUUGUUUGCACACCAGAAUUAACUGGGAACAAACCAGCUUGUAUAGAGUAGCAUGGGAGCAUACCUAAUUUCACACAGAAGUUCUGCUGGUUUGGACUGCAGUGUGAGUAAUUAAAUUAAACUUAACAGUGAAACGGAGCAUCUCCAAUUUCUGUUGUCAGAGAGCCGUCUGCCUUUUGAGUUGUAUUGCCCCUUCCAUUUACCUUAAUCCCCAUACUGAGCAGUUCAGGUAAAUGGCUCUUAGUGUUAAUCCCUUUACUGCAGAGAUUUUUUUCUUUUUGAUUCCACUACAUUUAUAUGGAUAAUUUUCCUAGAAAUGUCAAAUGUGUUUGUGCUUGUUGUCUGGUAUGUUGCCAAAAUGAACAAUUGUGAAGGUGGAUCAGUGCCAUGCUUAUCUGUAAAAGUGGACUUGAUAUUUAAAUAUGGAAAGAGGCCUAAAGCUAUUAGUGUAUUUUUUAAAGGCGCAUGAAAAUGUCAAUAAUUAGUACCCUAGGUUUUAGAACUGUAUUUUAUUUAUUAACUUUUGUAAAAAAAUGUAAUGGUAAAAAAAAAGAAUUGCGACAGUUAAAGCAAUUGUAAUCUUUUUUCUGCAGUGUUGGCCAACAUUUAUAUAAUAAAAAAAAAGAAAGUGAAUUAUUUCAGUUUAAAUGUUGUCUUAAAAUACUCCACUUUAUAAAUUGCAUAUUGUCAGAUUGAAAGCUUUGUAACGAUUUAUCUUUCCAAAAUGUGAAAAAAGAAUUAGUAGUUGAGAGAACUAAGAAAAUCUUUGGUACAGAAGACAAUACUGUAUAGAAAUGUCCAUUUAUUUAACAAUGCAUUUUAAUUUUUGAUAGCGGAGUAAGUUCAACAUGAAUAAUAAAAUAAAGUAUCUGUUUAUCAA